AUGCUUUCUCGUCUAACUGUAACCGUUCCAACAAUCGCUAUUCGUCAAUUCACUCAAUCAGCCGCCAAAUCCGCCAGAUUUCAAGGAAAUUCAUCGGGCUUCGGAACACGGUUUUCGAAUUCGACUGGUUUUGGUGUGAAGGCUGGACCAACGCUUAAAGAACGACUUUUGGGACCGACUACUGGAAAACGUGAGUUUUUCUUAAUUUUUUUGGAUGUUAAAAAAAUUAAUAAAAUUCCCAGCAUUCCUCUACGGAACUUAUGCUCUCGCUGGAGCUUCAGUUUUCGGUGUCGGAGCUCUCAUGUACUAUGGCCUUAUCUCAAAAGAACAAUCAAUUCUCCAACAAUCCGCACUUUGGCCAACUUAUGUUAGAGAAAGAAUCUCAUCCACCUACACUUAUCUUGCUGGAAGUCUUGCUUUAACAGCUGCAAGUGGAGUUGUUGCAUCUCGAAAUGCAACAAUUAUGAGAUUAACAGCUGGAAAUGGGUUGAUGUCAAUGUUUGGAACAAUGGCUGUUAUGAUUGGAAGUGGAAUGUUGUGUAGAUCUAUUGAUUAUGAUAGUGGAAUGAUGAAACAUUUGGGUAAGCUGAAAUAUCUUUUAAAAAAAAUAAUAAAUCAAGAUUUGCAGCUUGGGCAUUGCAUUGUGGAGUUAUGGGAGCUGUUUUGGCACCACUUUGCUUCUUGGGUGGUCCAGUUUUAACUAGAGCUGCUUGGUAUACAGCUGGAAUUGUUGGAGGUUUAUCAGCUACUGCAAUCACCGCACCUUCUGAGAAAUUCUUGAUGAUGUCCGGACCAUUGGCGAUGGGAUUUGGUGUGAUUUUCGUCGCAAACAUUGGAACAUUCUUCCUUCCACCGGGAAGUGCGAUUGGAGCGAGUUUGGCGUCUUUGGUGAUGUAUGGUGGAUUGAUUUUGUUCUCCGCAUUUUUGUUGUAUGACACUCAGAGAUUGGUGAAAAAAGCGGAGACUUAUCCACAUCCAUCGCAAUUUUAUGGAGCUGCUCAGAUUAAGAGCUAUGAUCCAAUUAAUGCGUGAGUUUUUUGGGGGAAUUUAAAUUUUUUUGAAAUGACAAACUGAGAAAUUGUCUGAAAAAUCCCGAAUUUUUUAUGUUUCAAACUAUUUAUUAUAAUUGUUCCCUCAUCAUUCAAAAUGAUAAUGCGAAUAUAUUUUUCAUUUAAUUUUCAAAAUUCGGAUUUCAAAACAUGUUUUUGAAUCAGUUUUCUUGUUUUUGGUCAGGUAAACAUUGCAUUUUUAAUUUUCAACACCGAAAAAAAUACGUUUCAAAAAUUUCAUUAAAAAAUUUCCGCAAUGUUGAAAUUUGAUAGAAUCAAGUAUUUUUGGAAUCAGUUUUUCUUGAAUCAUGAAAAUGAGCUAUGAUGACUUUUUCCGCCAAAAAUUAAUUCAAUUUAUUUUACAAUUUAUUUUUUCAAAAAACAACAAUUCUGAAUUUUUCGAAAGCUCCGAUUUUCAGAGAUUUUUUUUUUGGUUUUUGAAGCAAUUUCCAAAUUUAAAAUUCAGAUUCUCAAUUUUUUCUAUAUCAAAAUUCCGAAAAAAAUUCAAAACUCUAAUUUUCUUUCUAAUUUCCUCCUAUUCAACACGUUGUCUCCACCCAUUUCUAUAGCAACCUUCAAAACCAGCGGAAUGUCGGUCGCUCAUUUUGUCUAGGUUAUAUAAACCAAACACAUUUCCCACUUCUUUUGCCCGAAUGAUCCAUGGCGGUCUGUGGUGCAGGCUUCAAACCUGUAGGCGGUUAGCCCCGCAGUGGUUCGACUCCACCUUUCGGGUGAAGAUUUUUUUUCAUUUUUGGAUGCGACAAAAAUUAAUUUUAGCUUCGUUUUUUUCAGCCAACUCUCAAUCUACAUGGAUGUUUUGAACAUUUUUAUUCGACUUGCAAUGAUUAUGGGAGGAAUGAAUGGAUCGAAGAGAAAAUAA